AAAGUUGCUAACUGAAAGCGCUCCAGCGUUGGUGGUUCGAUCGUUGUCUGACUAAAACAGUCGUGCACGAGGAACAGGCAAAGCAGUUUAGCUGAAAGGAAGGCGCUUGCGUAAAGUUGCACUACUAAAUACAUAAACUCCGCUUGCAAGCUGCAGUCUGAUACUCAGUUCGUAGUAAGCUGCUUGGAAAGCGUAGUAGAGUUACACCCUCGCAGGGUCGCAGCCUUUAAUGGCUUCCUAACAUGGUCUCCAAGGCCAGUCCUUGAAGCUAUGACCGGAGAAAGUGUUGUGUUUGCGGAUGCGAAGGCGCAUGCGCGACGGUCGCCGCUGUCGACAGCCGAGCGUUCGGAUGCUGCUGGAGAAGCGAGCCGCCCGACUUGUGACUAUAUUCGUUACCCGACGCAAGCAGCACUAUCAGCUGCAAUACGGACGCCAACGCGCGUAAAGCGCUCAAAUGGUGGCUGCCCUUCCGCCCUGCUGCGCGCCCUCGAGAACCGCCACCGCUGGCUGCUGUUCGCACAGCACUGCUACACGUGUGCACAGCAGGAGGGCGAGUGCGAGCUGGGCAAGCUCUGCACGUACGGCAAGCGGACGCUGCAGCACGUGAUGCAGUGCGGUCGGGAGCAGUGCUGCUACCCUCGCUGCGGGCUGCUGAAGCCGCUGUUGGAGCACAGCAGGCGCUGUCAGUCGCCCACCUGCGCAAUCUGCGUCCCCGUCUGGAACUACAUCCAACGGGACCUCCACCACCACCAACACCACCGCCACCACCACCACCAACAGCAGCAGCAGCAGCCCCCGCGGCAGCAGCCAGAUGCCGAUGCACUCCCCCCACCAGCCAGGGUGCAACCCCGCCCAAGCGCCGCCGCCAUCGCAGCAACGCUAGCGCCUGCCGGCAAUAACACCCUCGCCAUCGAAUCCCCGCCAGCUGGGUCGCAGUCCACUCCCUCUACCACCGCGGCAGCUGCAACGGCGCUCACCACCCACAUAGCGGCCGCCUGGGGCCCGGUAGGGUUGCCACCAACAGUCGAGCAGCAGAUGGGAGCCAUCACCGCCGGCGGAAGUCUGGAAGCAAGCGACGCACCUGCUGGAAACGGCGGUGGCAAGUUCCAAUUCGGCGAUGGCGGUGGCUGCAGUAACGGCGGUGGAGAUGGAAGCGGUGGAAACGGCGGCGUUGGAACAGCCCAGGACGUCACUGACAACGGCAGCGGCGGCGUUCAACUGCUCGCGGCCCUGCAUGAUGCGGCGGCGGAUGACGGGACUGCGGCUGGCCAGGUGGAGGCUGCCUCAGACCUCGACCCGCGGCAGGCGAAGCCGCAAACGUGCCCGUCUCCUCACACGCACACAGCGCAGGUCAAGCAAGAGUGCAUCCAUGACAGCACCGUCGCUGCCGCUGCCCACAUCGCCUCCCUGCCGCUCUUCAACGCCAGCCCGCAUGCCCCCCUCGGACUUCACCAUGCAGCGCCGCCAGGAUCGCUACCCGCCGUACCUCCUCCGUACCAUUCACUGCCAUCGUACGGCAGCUCUUUUCCGGCGGCGACUUCCGGCCAUCUGGCAGGCAGCAAAGCCGCCAUGCCUACGCUGCCCCACCCGCCCUGGGCUGUACCCAUGCCAGCCCUAGGCACCAUCAUGCCGCGCUUGCUGCCACAUGCGUACCCGCCCGGCACGGCUGCAGUCCCCUACCUCCUCCCUCACUUCCCUCAUCCCGACCCGCCGCGGCCUCAUCACAUCCUGUCGAGCCCUCACUCUCAGCCAGUCCCCCUCAUCCCGGCCAUGGUGCGAUGGGUGCCCUGGCAACCGGGGCCCAGCGCAGCCCUAGCCGGCCAGGCCUCCGCUCCUUCCACCUCCUCUGCACCCGCUACUGCACCCACGCAGACCAGCAACGAAGCCGGCAGCGGCGCCAACGCCACCGUGCCCGCUGUCCCUGUCGGCAACCCGCGGCCGCCGCAGCUGUGGCCUACCACCCAGCAGCACCCCCGACCCGGCGGCCCAAUGGUAGUACAUGGCACUCCGGUUGGCGUUGCAUCCGGGGGCAGUGCGGUGAGACCGGUGGGAGGUCAGUUCGGGCUGGCAGCUGCAGGCGCUGGCAACCGUAGCGGCGGCGGCGGUGGUACGGCAGGCACAGCGGGCGUUACAGUGCAUGGCAGCGCUGCCCCGACUGCGCUGCCAUGUUGGCCAGGACACAUCCCCCACAACCACUCGCUGACGGCAGCGACAUCCAAGCCGCCGCCGUCGCUUCCAUCGCCCCCCGCAGCACAGCAGCUGCUGUCCGGUCCCACAGCCCCAGCAGACGGAAGUGCGCGCCAGCAAGGUAGCGGAGCCGCCGCAGCCGUUUCUGUCAGCGGUGGCGAUCGCAACCCUGCUGGCGCGCCGUCGUACCCGCCUUUACAGCAAGCUCUCCUCAACCCACCGCCACUCUUCAGCGGCCAAGCGGCGGGAUCUGGGAUUAACGGCAGCGGCUCAGUUGCCGCAAAUGGGACGUAAGCUUUGAAGUGCGGUUGACGAGGAGGAAAUGGUUCGUUGGAGCUGCGCAGCAGAUUAAUGACAAGGGGUUGUAGUGUCUGCUACUUGUUCUCUGUCCGGAGGUUAUGUGGCCCGAAUGUACGAAUUGGUUACGAGGUAUUGCUGGGAUGCCGGCCUGUCAUGGCAUGAAGCUUGUGCUGAUUCCUAAGAGUCUGUUUUGACUCUUGUAUUGUUUUGACGUGUUUGCAUUUGUUGACCCUGAUAUGUUGAAGCUCUUUCGUUUGCUCGUUUGCAUGCUGGUUUAGGACACCCCAAACGCAGGUGUCGUACGGCUGACGUACGACGCUGACAUUAUGGUCCGUGUGUUAAGAAAAUGUCGUAGCCAUGCGGCUUGGGUGUGCCAACACUACGCGAGCCCUAAACAAGGUCUAGCAAUAGCGGGUAUCGCGCGUGGCGCUAUGCAGAAUGCAUCCACCAACAAAGUACAUACCCAUGCACGCGGUUGUGAAAACCUAAACACCAAUCCCAUCCUAGCAUUUCUGGCUACCUCAAAGAAAGCAUGCGGGGUUUGUCCUUACCUGAAUGUAAGGCUAGACUGCAAUCCUCCUAAUGCGCAUGUGGUAUGUUGGUUAAGGACUAGCUGCGGGAGGCGUUCGGGGGGGUUCCUAAGCGCGUGCGUUACCAGUCAAGGACCAUACGUUGUCUCCCUCCGGAGGGCCAUCCUAAGGACCUGGCAUCCC